AUGGACUCUGUACUCCUCGACACGCCAGUGACCAAACCAGGACCGCCCAGGUCGCCGCCUCUAGCCUUCCAAAGGACGUCCAAUGAUGCACUCUGGGCUCCGUCGGCCAACCCACUGGUCAUGCAGUCAUUGUCGCAGGUCUCGUCGCCCUACUUCCUGGCCACUUCUCCCACCGAGGACGACAUGCAAGCCCAGCUCGACAAGCUGAACGAAGCCUUGCGUCUACAGAACCAAGCUUUUGUUGCCGAGCGUGAGAGCUGGCAGAUGGAGCGAGAGAGGAUGCAUCGUCGCGUCAGUGCCCUCGAAGCUCUGCUCAAGUCUCCCAAUGGCCAAAGCCCAGCACGCAGUCCUGCCAUGUCCCCUCAGAAUGGCGCGAGGCCCGCUGCUCCCCAACUUCCCAGCAUAACUGAAGUCGACACUUCUCGCUUGUCUCCGGAACUGCCUCGUAUCAAGAGAGACGCUGCUCCUGCUCAUAUCGACAUACCCACCCUACAAGACGCCUCUGUCUUCGAUGAUGAUGCGACUCUAGAGGAGGUACUACAGGGCGAUCUCCCGGCUUCUCCACCAGCCACCCGCAACAUCCUCAGCCCUCCGCCACCCGCCAACAGGAGACAUGCCGGUCAUACUCCUCUCAAGGCCCCCCAUCCCGGUGAAUUCAGCCCUGCCCUGAGUACCCGCUCAGACAAGGUAACCGACACGCCAACCCGCUCGAAUACUCUUAUGAACGAAGUCAUGUCACAGGAUGACGGUGCCGAUGAGGAUCGCCCGCUAAAAGGGCCCUUACACAUGCCUUCGCUACCAUGCAACCCGGGCGCCGAAAACUUUACCAUGGACAUGCUGGAUGCAAAACUGAAGGACAUUUCUGAGCAUCCAGAAGAAAACGAACCUCUGGUCUGCAAAAGCACCCUUCUCGCUGCAGAAGAGGAACCUUCCGAACCUUCGUCUGCUCCCGGAGAGAAAGUCGACUCGGCCAGCGACGAGUCCAGGGACAAGACCGAAUCGACGUCUACAGAAAGCAAGGACAAGGGCAAUCUAGACGAGGGUAUCCGACUCCGUACAAAGCCAAGUUCAAAUUUCGGUGCACCCCUUGGCUCAAUGGGUGGAUGCGGAUGGAGACGUUAG